UCUUCUUUCUUUUUGUUUCUCCGUGUUCUUUGUGCUGCUGCUAUCUUUGUCUGUUCCUUUGUAACUCGGUCUUGUCUGUGUUAUUCGUGUUUUCUUAGUCCGAGGGAUGGUUCAGUUUCGAGUUUGAAUAGGAUUCUAUCUUCUGGAAUUAUGGCUCUUUUAGGUUCGGUUUGGAUGCAUUGUCGUUGAUCCAGUGAAAUUGUGACUGGAUGUUGCUAUUGGGUUCUGUAUUGCCGAGCAUGGACAGUUUUUUUCUCUCUAUCUUUUUAGUCGAUUUUUCGAGCAAAAUCAAAUCCUGUAAAUUGUUCGGUUGGUGAUAUGAGUGUUGUGAACAAUUCGUGUUGCUGUUAGUGUAGGGGAAAUGAUUUAAUGUUUCCUUUUCCAGGUAAGAAGCGAAAAUUUUGAUGUGUUAUCUUUCAUUUAUUGCUUCACUUUAUUGGUUUGCAGGUCACCUUUCUUUAGUUUCCAAAACGAUGGAUGGAUCAAGGCAUCCACCAGUAUUUCAGAAGCUUCAUGGACAAUCCUUACUGAUCUCUAGACUUUCUUCGAGUGUGCACACAGGUGCUUAUGUCAAUGGAGGUUUGCAGAGUCUAUUGCAGCCAACAUGCCAGCAGGGCACUGGUUAUUCCCUUGUGCCAAAUAUUUCCUCGCCGGUAUUUGUUCAAGCUCCUGCGGAGAAAGGCGGUUCUGCUUUCUUGGUUGAUUUCCUAAUGGGUGGAGUCUCUGCUGCUGUCUCUAAGACAGCAGCUGCUCCAAUAGAGCGUGUGAAGUUGUUGAUCCAGAACCAGGACGAAAUGAUCAAGGCCGGGCGUCUGUCUGAACCAUACAAGGGAAUUGGUGAUUGUUUUGGCAGAACAAUCAAGGAAGAAGGUGUCUUGGCUCUUUGGAGAGGCAACACUGCAAAUGUUAUCAGAUACUUCCCCACCCAGGCUUUGAACUUUGCAUUCAAAGACUACUUCAAGAGGUUGUUCAACUUCAAGAAAGACAGAGAUGGAUAUUGGAAGUGGUUCGCUGGGAACUUGGCGUCUGGUGGCGCUGCUGGGGCAUCAUCUCUCCUUUUUGUGUACUCUUUGGAUUAUGCUCGUACCCGUUUGGCCAACGAUGCCAAGGCAGCCAAGAAGGGUGGUCAGAGGCAGUUUAACGGCAUGAUCGAUGUGUACAAGAAGACUCUCGCCUCUGAUGGCAUUGCUGGGCUGUACCGUGGUUUUAACAUCUCAUGUGUAGGGAUUGUCGUGUACCGUGGACUCUACUUUGGAUUGUAUGAUUCCCUGAAGCCCGUUGUUCUCAUUGGUGAUCUCCAGGAUAGCUUCCUUGCUAGUUUCUUACUUGGAUGGGGUAUUACAAUAGGUGCUGGACUGGCAUCGUACCCGAUUGACACAGUCCGUAGAAGAAUGAUGAUGACAUCUGGAGAGGCUGUGAAGUACAAGAGCUCGCUCCAUGCGUUCUCUGAGAUCAUCAAGAAUGAAGGGACCAAGUCCCUCUUCAAGGGUGCCGGUGCCAACAUCCUUCGUGCUGUUGCUGGUGCUGGAGUGCUCGCUGGCUACGACAAGCUUCAGCUCAUUAUCUUCGGCAAGAAAUACGGAUCUGGUGGCGGCUAAUAUGGUAUGGAACAGCUGUCUCGCUGGUAUGAUGAUGAAGAAAAAAUAAAUAAGAACCCUAAAGGGGUGUGGUGUUUGUCAAAGCUUGAAGGGAUAAUCUGUCAGUGCUUUCUGGUGUCUAUAGAUUUAGUAAGAAGUCGGGUGUUUCAGAAAUUUGAGUGAACUCGUCGUGUAGUGUGGUGCUGCCGUUUGUUUUAGUUUCUUUCAAGAGUAUUGGAAUAAUCAAAACCCAAAUGUCUUUUCUCUCUCACGUGGAGUUUUGAUUUC